AUGCGGCUUGUUGAGCUAGAUAAUCCUCUGAAAGCAGAUGCUAUCAUGGAAAACCUUCGUUCGCAACUUCCUCAUGUCGGUGCAAAGGUUAAUAAUCCAUACUCUGAUAUAAGAAUAAUGAGUGGCAGAGAUGAAGGGAUAAACGCAUGGAUAACGGUAAACUAUCUGGAAAAGAAGUUUGGAGUCCAUGGUGUUGCGCCGUCAAGUGGACAAGAAAUGAUCGGGGCAUUGGAUCUUGGUGGUGCCAGCGCUCAAAUCACGUUUGUUCCUAAAAACCCUUCGCUCGCACCUCACACGUCGACGAGGUAUCUAUUUGGAUCGGAGUACUACGUGUAUAGCUACAGUCAUCUGUGCUACGGGAAGAGCGCCAGCCAGAAACGAGUUUGGGCGGAAAUAAUUGGCAAUCAAAGCACUGCCACCAUCAACAACCCAUGUUUUCUUCAAAACUACGAACUUAAAGUGAAGAAGAGUGAAAUCUUUACCGAGCCCUGUGUCAAGUCGAAAUACGCCGUGGAACUCAUCGGUUCCGAAUUAAUUCCAAACACCGCUCUUCCAGAGGAAAUCACUUUAGUUGGAACCGGGGACCCAGAUCAAUGUCGUCAAUUUGUUCAGAAGAUGUUUCCAUCCAAAGCCUGCGCCCAAUCGCCUUGCAUGUUCCAGGGUGUGUACCGGCCCCCGUUACAUGGAAAAUUCAGUGCUGGUCCUGAGUACGGGCUCGUGGUGCCCACUAUGCUGGGAAAACCAUUCUUCACGGCUUUCAGUGGGUACGCCUUCGUAAUAGAUCACCUGAAUUUUCCAACGAAAGGUCAAAAUCUCACGCGCGACGCUGUGAAGGCUAAAGUAGAUGAAUUCUGCCGACGCGAUUGGACUCAGGUUGCACAGGAGUAUCCGGCUAGUUCGUUAGAGUUUAUCGCUGGCUACUGUCAAGACGGUGUAUACAUCGAUGCCCUUUUAUCAAACUACGGAUUCGUUGACUCGGAGAGUUGGAAAAAUAUAGUAUUUGCGUCAAAGAUUGCUGGAACGACCGUUAGCUGGGCACCAGGUUACUUGAUUGAUGCAACAGGUAUGAUCGACAGUGAAUCUCCCAAGAUUGACCUUGGAUUAACAGCCUUCGUAACCUCUGUCGUCAUUUUGAGUAUCGUUUUUGUGGCACUGCUUGUGAUUCUUGUAUUUCUUCAUCUACGAAAUUAG